CGGAAGUGACGUUGGCUCCCCCUCCCCGGCGGCGGCUCUAGACCCGGGCGCGGCGGGCGGUGGAGGCGGCGACGGCGGCCCGAGGAGCGGGCGGGAUCAUGGCGGACGGUGUGGACCACAUAGACAUCUACGCCGAUGUGGGCGAGGAGUUCAACCAGGAAGCUGAAUAUGGUGGACAUGAUCAGAUAGAUUUGUAUGAUGACGUCAUCUCUCCAUCUGCAAAUAAUGGCGAUGCCCCAGAGGAUCGUGAUUAUAUGGACUCUCUCCCACCCUCAGUUGGAGAUGACGUAGGUAAAGGAGCAGCACCAAAUGUUGUCUAUACGUAUACUGGAAAGAGAAUUGCAUUGUACAUUGGAAAUCUUACUUGGUGGACAACAGAUGAAGACUUAACUGAAGCAGUGCAUUCACUGGGAGUAAAUGAUAUUUUGGAGAUAAAAUUUUUUGAAAACCGUGCUAAUGGCCAGUCAAAGGGGUUUGCCCUUGUAGGUGUGGGAUCUGAAGCAUCCUCCAAAAAAUUGAUGGAUCUCUUGCCUAAAAGAGAACUGCAUGGGCAAAAUCCUGUUGUAACUCCAUGCAAUAAGCAGUUCUUGAGUCAGUUUGAAAUGCAGUCAAGGAAAACUACACAAUCAGGCCAGAUGUCUGGAGAAGGUAAAGCCGGUCCUCCAGGAGGUGGUUCACGUGCAGCGUUUCCACCAAAUAACAGAGGACGAGGCCGUUUUCCAGGUGGCAUUCCAGGUGGGGACAGAUUUCCUGGACCUGCAGGACCAGGAGGACCACCACCUCCUUUCCCAGCUGGACAAACUCCACCACGUCCACCUCUAGGUCCUCCAGGUCCCCCCGGACCACCAGGUCCUCCACCUCCUGGUCAAGUUCUUCCUCCUCCAUUAGCUGGGCCUCCUAAUCGUGGUGACCGUCCACCACCACCAGUUCUGUUUCCUGGACAACCCUUUGGUCAGCCUCCACUGGGUCCACUUCCUCCUGGUCCUCCACCUCCAGUUCCAGGCUAUGGCCCCCCUCCAGGUCCACCACCACCACAGCAGGGUCCACCUCCGCCUCCCGGUCCUUUUCCCCCUCGUCCACCUGGUCCACUUGGGCCUCCCCUGACACUUGCUCCUCCUCCACAUCUUCCUGGGCCACCUCCAGGUGCUCCCCCACCUGCUCCACAUGUGAAUCCAGCUUUCUUCCCCCCACCAGCCAAUAGUGGCAUACCUACUUCAGACAGUCGUGGUCCACCACCAACAGAUCCAUAUGGCCGACCUCCACCUUAUGACAGGGGUGACUAUGGUCCACCUGGCAGGCGUUUCACUGGAAAUAACAUGUCCAUAAGAGAACAAUUACAUAUUCCAUUGUAUUGGAGGCAUACGAAAAAUAAUACUCAAAACGCAGGGAGAGAAAUGGAUGCUGCAAGAACACCUUUAAGUGAAGCAGAGUUUGAAGAAAUCAUGAAUAGAAAUAGGGCCAUCUCAAGCAGUGCCAUUUCAAGAGCUGUGUCAGAUGCCAGUGCUGGGGACUAUGGAAGUGCUAUAGAGACCUUAGUAACUGCUAUUUCCUUAAUUAAACAAUCCAAAGUAUCUGCUGAUGAUCGUUGUAAAGUACUUAUUAGCUCUCUGCAGGAUUGCCUUCAUGGAAUUGAGUCCAAGUCUUAUGGUUCUGGAUCAAGAAGACGUGAACGGUCAAGAGAGAGGGACCACAGCAGGUCAAGAGAAAAAAGCAGGCGUCACAAGUCCCGGAGCAGAGAUCGCCAUGAUGACUAUUACCGGGAAAGAAGCCGUGAACGAGAGAGACAUCGUGAUCGUGACAGAGAUCGUGAUCGAGAACGUGACAGAGAACGAGAGUAUCGCCAUCGUUAGAGAAGAAUCUGAAGAGAACUUUGGUAAGUAAUGACAGGUAACUAUCUUGACUUGAUGUGGGUUUUUUUCUUUUCCUAAUUGCAUGAAUAUGUAAUUUCUGUGGCGUGGUGUUUAUCUUCUCAGUUUUUAUGGAUGGGAGGAUUAAAUAUGUUACUGAAAAGGCAGUAGUAAAUCAGACUAAUCAAAAGGAGUAUGUUCUUUGCUUAUCUAAACUCUGAAGAUUAAGAUAUCCACAACUCUUAAUCACAUUUUGCAAUGUCAUUUAAAGAUUUAGAAAUGUUUAAAAUGUGAUUAUUUCAUUGUAGGCAGUACUUGCAUAUAUAAAAUCCGAAGGCCUAAGUCCUACAGAGCUAGCUAAGUUUUUACACAGGUGAAUUUUCUGUUGGUUGCAAUGAAAGGUUUUGCUCAAGUAAGAACUGAAAGAGGAUAUAGGGCUUUGUUAUAAAAUCUGACCUCUUAAUAUUUCCUGGUCCGUGAACUAAAUUCAGGUGGUGUCCCCUUUCGGUUUUCUGUGCUGCAAAAUUGGUGAUAGAAUUUCUGCCUAUAAUCUAAAGAUUGGUGAACAAAUGUACAACACCGGGAAUGGGUUCUUUUUUUGGUUAUUUUACACUCACUAAAUGUUUCAGAUAAACACAGUCCUUUUUAUGGAUUAAACGUUAUUUUAAAAAAAAACAACCCACCACCAACCAUGUAAUUAGCUGUAGAGUAGCACUUUGGGUAGACACUUGAACUCUGGCUAGCCACUGAAAAAAUGUCAGUGUAAAUAGUCAUUGCAUAUGUAACUUAGUUAUAUACGCAGUUUGAGGAUCUUGAACUGAAAUUGCUUGAUUUUGGCAAUUGAAACCAAAACCUCUCUGUCUCUGUCAUUUGGAAGUCGUAAUCUUUUCCUGUCCUUGUGUAUUUAGAACAGUUCCUUAAUAUACUAUGUUAAAAGUCACACGCAGAAGAAAUGUCUCCUGACAAUACUUUAUUUUUACAUUUACCUUACAAAUUUGAGAAAUGAAGUUUUAAUAUGGCAUUUAGUCAUAGAAAUUCAUUCAAAAGACAUUAAUAUAGUUGGAGCAAAACUAUUUUGAGAAUCAUGAAAAUCUUAGUAAGCCUUAAGUAAAAGGCGUUCUAUCAGCCACUUAAAGUGAGUGUCAGUUUUUCUUGGCAUGGCUUGUAGCAUUUCUAUGCACUAGGGACCGAAGUCUGACCUUAAAACAUCUGAUCCCACUUAAUAUUGGGACAAUAUGUAUUGUCCUUGGUUCAUGCAUUCCUUAGUAGCUGAUCCAUACAGUAAUGGCCUAUGGAAGGGGAAUCAAAGGCGUAAAAGAGGCUGAAAAGAGGCAGCUGAAGUGAAGUUGGCAGUCAUAUACCUUAAUUGCUUAAGUGACAGUGGCCAGUGUUUUACUUUGUACUGUGUACUAUUUUAGUACAAACAUUCCUGGAAUUGUAGAAAAAUUAUUCACCAUGCUUGCUAAGCAUAAAAUGUCAGAACAAAAAGUUUCAAAUUUACAUGAUUGAAUGUGGUUUCUUUCAUUAAAGCGGAUUUUCCUUAGUUACCACGAAUUUGUUUUUAAAUGUACAGUAGAACCUCAGAGUUACGAACACCUUGGGAAUGGAGGUUGUUCGUAACUCUGAACAAAACAUUGUGGUGGUUCUUCCAGUAAUUUACAACUGAACAUUGAGUUAAUACAGUUUUGAAACUUUACUACGCAGAAAAAAAAGCUGCUUUCCCUUUAUUUUUUUAGUAGUUUUCGUUUAACACAAUAUUGUACUGUAUUUGCUGCUGCUGCUUUUUUUUUUUGUGUGUGUGUGGCCUCUGCUGCUGUCUCUGGUACUUCCGUUUCCAAAUAAAGUGUGAGGUUAACUGGUCAGUUUGUAACUCUGGUGUUCCUAACUCUGAGGUUCUGCUGUAUUUAAGUGCUACAUGUAGGUAGUAUUGUGUAGGAGGUAACCCAGUUGAGCUGAAUGAUCGUUGCAUUUCCAAGGCUUUCACUUCUUCAGGGGAAGAUGAGUAAAUGUCAUUAAAUACUGUUAAUUUGAAGUUCCAUAAAUUAAAAUUAAGGUGGGAAAUUACUUUGGAUGCACUUGAUUAUUGAAGCUUUAUAUUUUCAUGUAUUGAGACGAGGUGUCUGUAUCGUGGAACUUCUGUACGAAGUAUAGAUAUAUUUUCUCCCACAAAGUGUCUGAGGAAACAUGGUUGCAUUUAGUAUUUACCAUAACACUGUUUUGUUUUAUUUAUUUAUAUGCUCACACAUUUUAAGCAUGCUGUGUGAGAUUAUCUGAAUUAUUGUUUUAUUCAACUCAGUACACGUGGGAUUUUUACAUAUGCAACCUCCUUUAAAUUUGUGUGUUGUGCACCAGGAUUUCCAUUAGGAUUAAGAGGAGUUGAGUAGAUAAAUUCCCCUUAAUGAAGAGGAAAAUAAACUGCAAUAACUUUAUUUAAAGGACAGAUUUAGUGAACUACAUGCAAAUGAGAAGUUGGUAUUUUAAAAGAUAACUUGUAAACAGUUUGUCUUGUUAUUGUCCUAUUAAAGAAGGGCUUACUUUUUGUAGUUUUUGUACAGUACUUAAUUUCAGUAAUCUUUUGGUGUGUGUUUCAUUUUCACCAGGAUAUAUGUUUUCAUAGUUUGGGGGGGGGAGGGGGGCGUGCGGGUGGGGGUGUUACAUUAGAUUUGUUUAUGAACAGUAACCAAAGGUUCCCAGUCACUUCUAAAAUAAUAGAAAUACUGAGAGGAACAUUUUUUCACCCUUUAUGCCAGUGUUUUACCAGAUAAUGCGAGUUUCUGUGCCUAAAAAAUAUGAAUGACAGUGAUUUUCCUCUCUUUAUUCCCAUGUAAAUUUAGUAGUGCUGUGAUACCCUACUUGCAUAUUUUAACAAUGUUAAACAUGCUCAUCUUAGAAGGGUUUUAAAAGUUCAUUGUAAAGUUUUGUAUGCUGUGAAACAUUAAUCAGUUCUUUAUUACUCAUUUUGUCAUUUGUAUCUACUUGCAUUCAUAUAGCUGGAUUAAAUUUGAAUAAUUUAAUAAAUGUUUUUAUAAAAUUUUAUUGAAAAAAACCUCAAAUGUACCAUAUCAAAUUUUCACACUUCUGUUUGUACAUUUAGUGAUCAAAAACUAAGUUGUCAAGUUGACUUAUACACUUUCAGUUGGGCAGUUGGUCCUUAUGUGCAUUGCCAGUGUAAUCUUGGCAAAUAGUUAUUUAAUUUGAAUGUUUUCCUGAAGUCUGUAUCUUUUGCUAGAGUAGUGGUAUAAUUAUUAAUGUAAAAGUGCAGAACGGUGGUUGAUUAAAAAAAAAAGUACAACUUUCUGAUGUAAAGUAAUAUUCUAGAAAAUCAAGAACCUAUGUGUUAAUAAUCAGAGGAAUCCGAUUUAGAGGAGGAGUAACACCAAAAUGAACAUGUACAAACAGAAAAGUAAUGUAACUUCAUCAACAUUAGCCCCUGAUUUUUAGAAAGGUUUUAGUUUAACUGGUGGUUCAAUUAUGUAUUUCAGCUAUUACUGUCCCAUCUUAAUCUCACUGUCUGGAUUUUAAUAACUUCUGAAUGUUACACAUUAUUUCAUUUUAUGUUUUUGUUAUUGGGACAGCUGUUUUCUAAUUGUAUAAUUUUUUUUUGCACAAUUAAACUGAAUUUGGAAUGAACUGCAAAGAGGAAAAGUACACGAACAUUGUAAUAUUCAAUAUGUAUGUAGACUUUGUGCUCCAUUUUUCAUAACUUAUUUCUCUUCCUGUUCUCAUACCACUGUAAGCAAAAUCCUUACUCCUUCUAGUGUACUUCUGGAGUAUACAGUCCAAAAAUAAAGUACUUGUGUCCAUCUGUGGUAAAAUAAUCUUGAGCAGGGGUUCUCAAACUUCAUCGUACCGCGGCCCCCUUCUGACAACAAAAGUUACUACAUGACCCAGGAGGGGGACCAAAGCCUGAGCCUACCGCCACAGGCAGGGAGGCCAACGCCCAAAGGUUUUAGCCCAAGGCGGGGGCCUGUAACGUGAGCCCCAUCACCCAGGGCUGAAGCCCUUGGGCUUUGGCUUUGGCCCUGGGCGGUGGGGCUUGGGCUUCGGUCUUGGGCCCCAGCAAGUCUAAUGCCAGCCCUGGCGACCCAUUAAAAAGGGAUUGCGACCCACUUUGGGGUCCUGACCGACGGUUUGAGAACCGCUGAUCUUGAGUAUUAGUGUCGCUUACAUAAAAAUAAAAAAUCACACAACUUGUCCUUUCUGUGUUUGUAGAAGAAUAUUGUACUUGAUAAUACAUUGUUAAAGGUAGAUUCCUGUUUUCCAUGGAAAAUAAAGUUGAAUGCUCAUAAGACUGACAACCACUUCACUUGUUAAAUGUCAGAUAAAUGAGCCUGUUUUUGAGAACUUGCAAUUAAUGGAAAUAUGUUUUAUUUUGCAUAUUGAUAGUUUUUAAAUUAAAGCUAAUAACUAUUAGCAUAUCUCAAACAAUACAGUAGUACUGUUCAGUGCCUAACUGUACUAAGCUUUUUGGCAUUGUUUCAGUGAUAGUUAGUUAAUUUUGGAGAUAUUGCUACCAUUUUUUCUCAGAUACACCUAGACUCUUAUUUUAAAAAAUAUUGUACUUGGGGAAACAUGAUGUUAAUUUGGAAACUGAAAAAGAUGGCAACAGCUAUAGAAUGUGCAAUAUUAUGUCUCUCUCUUUUUUUGUUAUUCUGUGAACAUCAAUAGGCCCUUUUUUGUAGAGCUAGCAUUUCUCAUAAGAGGUAUCAUGCUUUUUGUACAUUUGGUUGAAUUCAUGAAACUCAUUCUGGAGGAGAGAGUGUAAAAGAGCAGCUGUACCUCAGUGGUAUGCUCUUCCUUUUUUGCUGUAUAAAAUUUAUUUUGUAUUUGCGACUGCCUCAAUGCUUUAUGGAAGCGAGUAGUCUAUCAUUUAAGUUUUACAGUGCCUUUGCAGAAUUUCUGCGCUUUCAUCAUCUCCUUCGGGGAUGCUCUGAUAAAAUCCAUGUUUGAUUUUUUUUUAAAAAAGCAAAACUAAAAUCUUGCCUUUUAACUCUUUUCAAAUGUAUAAUUUUGUAUACUGUUUCUUAAUCCUAUUGGUAUCUGAUAUCUUUUUUGUCUGCACACAUUACUGUAAUUUUCCUGCCAGUCUUAUGUUGACUACUAAUGGGCCUGGGAUUCAUUAUAUUUCCAUCUUCCCUACACCUUGCAUUCUCUCUUUUUCACUCAGUUGUACAGUCAAUAUCUAUGACUGAAAUUUGCAUUGUGAAGCAGUUCCACAAGAAAUGUAUCUUUAAGGUGGCUGCUUUACAUUUGAAAACUGUCAGAGGGUUGGCUGGAUACAGUAUUGUUCAAUGAAUGAAUAAAUUGGGUUAGGUUUUUUCCUUUUGCUUACUGUGGUUUGAGAACUAAGUUGUUUGUUUAAAAAAUCCAACAUAUAUUUCCCUUUUUAUGUUUCUCUGUGGCAGUUUGCUCUGCCUUUCUGUGUCUUCCUCAUACCUGAAUGUGAAAGAUACUUGCCUAACAGCUUUUUAAUUUGUAAACUACAACCUAGUUUCUUCUUUCCAAAGAGAGAAAUUGCAUUUUAUUUUUUAAUGAAACCUUAUGAAAAUUUUCUGUAUUCUGUAAAAGGUAUAUAUUUCAAUAUAUUGUCAUAUUUUUAGUAGUCUGUUUUAUUGUAGGUAAAACACUGCAACAUUAAAAAUCUAAUUUGUUAGGCAAAUUUGUUAGAAAAUGCAAAUCUCUCUGCUGAACACAUUUAUGAACUAAGUUACCAGUUAUUUUCAAAGAACAGACAAGCUGGGAUAAUAGAAAAGGUUUAUAGUGACAUGAAACUGGAGUUUGGGAAUAUAUUUUCCUUUCAUAAUAGUUAUUUUUGUAGGGUGGGGGUGGUUUUGGUGUUAACCUUAAAGUAUACAUUAAGGUUGAGCAAAGGUGUAAGGUAAGUACAGUAAUAAUAGGUGAAGAAGCAUAUGUAAAAGGGUAGUGAAAGAAUAGCAUUUACACUAAUGAAAAACAGAACUGAAUUCAUAGAAUUUCUUCUGGCUUAAAUACAGAAGAGCAAAUGAAUUUAGAGUCAUGGUUGAAACUGUUCUCUGCUCACCCUGUCGCAUGUAAGUGUUACUGGAAAAUAUAAGCUCACUUUUGGGAGGUAUUUAAUACUGUGGACACUAGGUUGAGUUGAAGAAUGAAUUUCAGCCUUGAAACUGAAUUUUUGUAAGAUUUGACCUUUGUGUAAUUACUUACUUUUUUUUGUGUGUAUAAAAUAAGAUAAAAGGAGAAUUUUAUUGCAGUACAUGAACACGUUAGGAACUAUUCGUAUGUGGAAUAAAUCUGUAUUUUACACACACACCCCUCCCCGCCCCAAAUGUGAAUAUACUGUGAUAGACUGUAAUUGUUCCUUGAAAUGGAUACGUUUGUUUAGGGUAUUGCAUUUAUUUAAAGGGCAUAUGCACGUAAAACCUUUUAAGUAUAAUGAUAGAAGUUCUCAGACUUUCAUUUCAUAGCUGUUAAAUACUUAUGUGGACAUGCAGAAGUUUUUAAAAAUAUAUGUGUAUAUUUCAAGCUGCUACUGCAAGCUCCACAAAAAAAAAUGAAAAAAAAAAUGAAAAAGGACCUGUUGAUCCACGUUAAAAAAAUGUAUAUUAGAAAAUGAAGAUAUCUUAUUCUGUAUAUGAAAAACAAAAAAAACCCAACAUUGGCAAUUUAAAUAUAUAUAUAAUACCUUAAGAGGUGAGCAAAGUUUUUGAGAUUAAGAUAUUUAAAAUGUUAGGGAAAAAAAUCAGUUUUUAUUAACAGGAACACUGGAAAGCUCUUUGCGGUAUGGAAAUAAGCAGUUCUUAGACAAGGAAAGAAGUGGUAUUGCCAAAAGGCGUCGACAAAAAAGAAAUUUCAAUAUGUAACCUUUUGCAUUUUACCCUAUUUAUAAGCUGUUUUGUACUUCAUUAUUCUACAAAGUAGAAUGUUGAAAUGUUAAUGCAUACAGAUUUAUUUCCUACUGUAGGAAGUAUUAAAUCUAAGUUUGCUAAUUAGCCAGAAUAUGUUGACGGUUGUUUUUUUUUUUUUAAACAAGAAUUUAUAACAGUUUUGGGAAUUUUAGUGUUUUAUGUUUCGUAAUUUGUAAUUUAGCUUCAGUAUAAUCUUGACAGUCUCUUAAAAUCUGCAUAGUGCCCUAAAUAAAAAAGUGGUGAUCCUGUACAGGUUCUUCAAAAGUACCUGUGAUUCUUUAUGAACUCUAGAAAAUCUAGCAAACUCUCCCAUUGGGCUCAAACUUUUUAUGCUAGUAUUGUAAAUCAAAUUUAUGCUUUUGGAUCUGUUAACUGUCACUGUAGCAGUGCUGUGAAAGAUCCACUAUUCCUGCAUAGCAUUGUACUGCAAGAGCAGCAAAUUCUGACAUGCAGUCUCGCAGCUGUCAUUUAUUUAUUUGCUCCUCUGAAACAUUGAGAUCCCUUGUUUGCAUUAAUAACUUGGCUUUCAAUUGCAAAUGUUCGUUUUGCAUGCACGUGACACUUUAGUACUACUUUUGCUAUUGAAAAAUCAAGUUUUAAAAGCAGCUGUGGGGAUCUGCUCUCUUUUGGAGGAGAGAAUCCCCAAAGGAAGUCACUAGUCAAUACAUUUGUCACUUGAUAGCAAAGUUCAUGGAUUUGAAAAGGUCUUCCAGGCACUAGUUCAAAUUUCAGUGAUUCUGCUAUAUGCAGACUGUAGCGUAUAGAUAAUUUUUUUUUGUUUUUGUUUUUAAAAAUCAAACACUACCAGUCAUUGUCGGGGAAGGAAGGACAACUAAUUAAUUAUCAUCCAUCCAACACAAGUUUGUCUCCUAAUUAUCAUGAACCAUUUUAGUAGUACAAGAAUCCUUAUGACAGCUGUGCAUUGGUGUGUGUUCAUGAAAUUGCUUCUCUAAAUGUCUGUUUUUUUUAAAAUGACCAAUUAAUUUGUUGGGUUCUUCUAAGCAACUUGAUUUAAAUUCUCAUGAAGUUGUUGAAUGUGGAAAUUGUGACCUACUGAUAACGUACAGUUAUCUAGUUGUGUUUUGUAAUGGAAUUUUAAAUGAAGCAUCAGUGAAUGGAAUUAUACCAUCCAAGUAUUAUGUGAACGCUACAAUUAUAUUUAAAUGGUUGUUCUGGUUCCUUUAUUAGAUAAAUUGAUUGCUGAAAUAAUUUAGUCUAACUAGGACGUAGGGUGUUUUGUUUUUUGUUUUGUUUUUGUGUGGGGAAACCUGAAUUCUCAUCUGUAUUGUAUUUUUUUUUAAACAAAGUGGGUUUUUGUAAUUUUGUGACAGUACUUUUUAAAAAAAAAAAAAAAAAUCCGGAGCCCCUAUUAAUUUGUUAGUUUCUAAAUUUUGUAACAUUGGCAUCAAGCUGAUAAAUUGCAGAAAAUAUUGUGCACUGUUAAAUAUAUUACUAAUCUGUAAAACACCCACUUCAUUAAACAUUUAGUGUAGUAUUUAAUUGUGAAAGAGCUAGUUUAGAAUUGCUGUAAAUGGGUGGGUAAAAAUGUAAAGAACAAAUCUGGUUUUGGCAGCAUCAUCCAAGUACUUACUGACUCUUGCAGUAUGAAUACUUCAGGAAAUGUUCUAUAUAAAUGUUUCCAUCAUUCACCGAAACAGUAGCUAUUUGUUUCUUGUGGUUUGGUAUUUAAGUAAACUGCAUUUUUUUCAACUUUCUUGUACAACUAUUCAUAUUUAUUAAAAAUAGAUUUUCUAGAACAAUUAUUGUACACUUUGAGAAUUCUCAGCCAAACAAGUAGCUGCUGCUUCAAUAUCUUUUAUUUGUGUUAGAUUACAUUAUGGUGAAGUAGGUGCACGACUUGUGUAUGUAUAGUUAAGCCAACAUUUUUCUGUGUAUUAUGGGGACUAGCAAAAUCUACAUCACAAAUUUUGACACAUUACAGCUGAAGGAAGAGGAACACCUUGCAAAGACAAGAAACAUUCUUCAUGGAAAGAUGCUUAUCCAGCGGUUUGCUUCUUGUGAUUGAACUGAGCCUGUAAGGAUUCAUGGAUAAAAUGAACAGGAAUAGAUCUGAAUAAAGCAAAUCUGCAUACAUGGUAACCAGUAGCUAUUUUACUUUUUUAUGUUGCUUAACUGUUUUAUUUGAGGGAAACCUGUGUGAUUUAAAACUUCUAGCUUUUGCAACUUUAUUACUGGUUAUAUACAUUUGGCAAUUAUAAUGUGCAAGCAAUUGGAAAAAAGUCAAGUAAAUCCUUGUUUUUAUAGUAGUUUGUUCUUGUUAAAAAUGUUCAUAUGAUAAUGUCUGUAUACAGCACCACUUUGAUUACAGUAGAUGUAGUGUUGUAAUAAACUCUUUAAUGGGGCUGAUGUGUAAAGCUGUUCAAGUUAUUUGAUGUUUACACCUCAGGGAAAGUCUUGUGUUCAGCAAUAUUUAAAGAUAAUGAUUCUAUGAAAACAUUUAUACUGUCUUUAAAAAGCAUUGCAAUAGAGUUUUUGCAUAUGCAUCAACCUGAUCUUGCAUUCAGUGACUUAAAAAUAUUAAUGCCACUCUUUCACACUUGAUUUUGAUAUACAAAUAGGUGAUUACACAAAGGCUUUAAUAAUUUGCUUUUCUAGCAGUUUUUACAUAGAUGGCCUGUGAAUUUGCUGAAAGGCAUGUAAAAUUGUAAAAACUGCAGUUUGAUUGACAUAGUCUGUCAUUGUUUUGGGGAGAGGAAAUCCUAGGUUGAUGAUUUUAGUAAACUGAAAACUGUCUCCUACAACAUGCAGCUGGACUAAGAUGCUACAGUUUACAUUAGUUUUAUUUAAACUGUUAAUGUUGGGAAAAUGCUGGCCUUUUUGAAAUACAGCUGCAGUUGUUUACGGUUUUGUGUUAAUAAUGCUUGUGUGUGUUUAGGUUUUUCCAAGGCCAUAGGCAAUCUGUACAUAGCUGUAUAUUAGAAAAAUGUGACCGAUGAAACCAGUCAUGGUGUUUCCAUUUUUUCAGAUAAUAUGGAUUCCAGUGGGCUUGGUAUUUUCUUAACACUGGGGUUUAUCCACAUAUCUGUGUAAAGGGGGGAAGGUACGCUUGUACAUCCCAUGUGCACUGGUGGAGAAUGCUUUACUGCCUUAACAAAAAGUGAAAUAGAUUUAGUCAUGAGGUUUUGCAAACUUGUCUAAAAACAAUUUACUGGACGUUGGAAUUCAAAAUUUUAAUAUCAGAGCUUGAACUAAAGAAUUAAAGCAAAUUUCAAAUAACUAGAAUUUGUUCUAAAUUUUAUGAAGGAUAUAAAUUAAAACAAUAGGAAGUGUGUAUAACACUGAGCAAAUUUUCAGUUUGCUUUUCCAGACUGGUGUGGAUGUUCAUUCUUUAAAAUAUACUUUGAGUCCCUUUAAUAGAUUAGUCUGAGAAGUUUUCUACUUCUCCUUAUACAGAUAGCUUGCAGGGCAUGUUUUAAUGUUUUAAGCUAAGUUUCAAGACCUCAGUGGCUUCAAAAGGUAAUCUUUAAAACAAAUCAUUGGUUUGUUUUAUAACUUAAUUUUAUGUUAAGUAUUAAGAUCCUGUUCAGGAAAACACAUGCUUACGUUCUUUAUUGAACUGGGGUCUCUAUCCUGUGCGACUGCAAAAGCUUUACAUAACACUGAGACUCUUAAAUUAAUUUUUGUCAUCAUCACCCUAGAUUUGCUGCAGCUAGGCUGAUACUAUUGGACUUGCCCACAUGCCUCUGCACAUUUUUAUUGCUUAAAUUCUGUACCUCAGGUUCUCAUGCAUGGGAUUAUUGGUGUUUGUCCAACUACUUGCUUUUGAAUUUCAGAUGUUUAACCCUGUUUAAAAAUGAAAACUGACUUUUAAAACGUUGUAUUCUGAACAUUGUAUCAAACAAGUCACAUGACUUUUCCCUGUUUUUGUGAAUAGGUGUUGGUUUUAACUAGUUUUGAUGUAACUUCUUAGCUUUCUUGACAAACAUUGUUUGUUUACUGUUACUUGUAAUACGUUUAAGGAAAGAAAUAACCUGCAUAUACCUAUUAAUGGGAAAUAGCUAAUACCGAAGGGGCAGCAGGUAAGUAAUGUAUCCACAUGGCUAGAAAGCUUAAACCCAGAAAAGAAGUAUUUUUUAAUUUCAUGACUAAAAUUAAAAAAAAAUUAAGCAGGAACCAAGAUUUGCUCAAUUUAGUUAUUUGAAACUGAUGAAUGAUACUGUUACUCUUUCCACAUUAGGUAUCAUUUCUUUCCGUUUCUCAUCCUUCUGUAGAGACAUCCAUUGAUAGCAAUGGAGAUACCAAAAUAUCCAACAUAAGAGUUAAACUUCUAAUAGAAAUCUGUCUGGCUUGUUGGUGAGGUCAUAAUAGAUGAGGCCCCUAAUUUCUAUCUAGUCUCAAUAUGUAUAUAGUUUGAGUGGUUAGAUAGUGCUCUGAUGUGUCUUGUGAUUAGAUGGAUUAUCUUUUCAUUGUGGGUUUACUUUUAUAAAAUCUGUUUUGGUUUAAAGUGAAAAGAUCAUGUGUAUAUAAAAAUAAUCCAAAAACCCUUACAGACACCAAAAAGGAAUAUGUCCCCUUUUACGUUUCAUGUGUGUAAUUAGAUCUGCAGUGGAAUUUGUAUCAUGCGUCAGUUUAUUAAGCAGUACUGAAAAUGUUCUUUGCUCUCUCAGAUGUCAAUUUGUUAGUUUACCAGCAGGUGAUGUUGCACCUGGAUGAUGCAUUGAUUGCUAUUGAAGCAUUCUUUGGUAUCCAAUUGUAUUUAAUCUGCUUCUGUUUGUGAAAGGACAAAAUAGUCUGUUAGGAAGUACUUCCUAUUUUGUAUGUGGGCAUUCAUAAGUAGCGUUUUAAAUUAACGUCAUAUGGCUCUUGUCCAAAGGAUUAAACAGUUACCUGAAAUAAUGGAUUUUUUUUUAAAGCAACAAAAAUAAGAUUAUAGUCAGGUUAGCUAAGAAAGUUAGUCUGCUUUUGAAAAAGGUGUUUUUACAGACCGAAAAACAGUGGAAUAUAUUGGGGAAACAUGCACCUUUUGUUCUCAUUCCCUUUCUGUUCUUUAAUGUGCCAAUAACCUAAAUUCAGAUUGUAUUACACAAGACAGGCAUAUGUCAAUUUUUUUUAAAAUUACAUAUAAUUCGGCUCUCAAAUGGCUAUUGCAUUUGUAUGUGUAAGACAAAAGAUACAUUAUUAAAUUUAGGCUUUAACUUGAUUAUGAGUGGAUAUUCUGAUUUAGUUUCUUGAGUAUUGAGGUUUGUAGGUUUUUUUUAAUGCUGUAUUUUUUUCAAUGUGAUUAUGCUUAGUUGCAUACCCAAGUCCUUGUAAAUGUUUUCCCUAGCUGCAUGUGGUUAAUUUAAAUGUGUAUAUUUGUCAUUUGUGUUUCUAGUAAAAAUACAUGGCAUUCUUUUUAGAAAUACCUUAUUUCUUUUUUCCUUUCCUUACUCAUACUUCUGUCAAUGUACAAUUUACUGACUUUUUUAUGCUAAUUUUAUUUGUGGAAUCUUAGGCCCCUUGCAUAAAUUUUUUAUCACUGUUUUGUGUAAACUAGGUUAUGGCCUUAAAACCCUGGCUUUAUGCUAGUUAAGGUACACUGUGUCAUAUAGCAUUAUAUAAAAAAAUGUAUGUUUAAUAUUUCAUUUACACUUGAAAGACUUAAGACCCUAAAUUCCUUUGCACUGAAAUUCAGAAAUAAAAACUUCAUAUUCUCAUAGAAGAAAAGUAGUGAUCAGAAUAUACAGAUUUUCCUGUAGCAGGCAGCAUUCCUCAUAAUACAUGUCUUUUGACUUUGGAAAGAAACAGCAUUAAUUUUUAGGAUGAUCAAAAUUAUUCAGGUAGUGGGUGAUACUAUAUGUCUUUUAGUGUAGUGAAAUGAUUUUAGCAUACAAGGCAAGACUGAAUGUGCAUUAUUCAGAACCUUUAGUCUCCUACAAUUUAGUGGGUUGUUUUUUUUACAGUGGGAUAACUCGUGGUGAAAAGUUCCAGAUUAAAGAUGCUAUAAUGUUUACAAUAUUGAUAAAAGGCCCUCUUUUUUUAAAAUAGGGAUGGUCUAAAGGGUCAUCUUAGAUCCAGAUCAUUUUAGGCUCUGCUUAGAGGCUGAACGAAAGCUAAGUCUGUUUUUUUUAUGGAAAUAUCCAUGGUCAUAUGUUCUCUCAGGAUUUUUCCUGUGUUGGAUCAGACAUGAUAAAGGGCCCCUCUAGGUUUUGAACCUUUGAGGCCAGUUGAAAUUUGGAGGUUUGAGUCCUUUCCUUACCCCGAGUUAUUAAGUGUGGAUAUUUGUGUUCUGGUGUAGAUCCAACUAUGUUUUAAAGUUUUUCUACCCAUCUUCUGAAACAUAACUAGUUUUGUUACAGGUGCUAACCUUAAGGUAGUCAAAUUUAUAGUUUAUCUCAUUGAAAUAAGGAGAAAUUUAAUUUGAAAUUUCCCAACCAAACAUGAUGGUAAAAUAGAAUAAUCUUAAAUUUAUAGAAUUCAUCAUUAAUAGAAUUGUAAUAUAACCAAUUAAUAGAGCUUGUUGACACCACAGCCCCUUGUUUAGUGUAUUUUGUGUAAAGAAGAUUUUGAACUGUUCAUAUUGUUGCCACAUGUUGUGUUAUUAAAUAUAUACAUUCCCAUGACAUGCUAUAAAGCUGAGAAAAUAAGGGGUAUGCAUUCUGAGUACAAGUGAUGUCAAAUUCAGUUUGCUUACUAUUAUUGAUGUCUUGAAAAAAAAAGUGUUUGAAAGGAGAAUAAAUUCCUUUUUGGGAAAUUUACAAAGGGUAACUAGCACUGAUGACUCCUUCAGCCUUAUAUGGUCUUCCUGUACUGUUCUUCUCCCCUGAUCUCCAUUCUACUCAAAGGUGCAGUUGUUCAAGACAUAAUUUUAAAGUGUGACCUUGAAAGUUUUUGUAUUAAUAGAAAUGCAGAAUUAUUACAUUGCAGAUUGUAAACUGAUCUAGUAUCUGUAUGAAUGCCUGACUCAAAAAGGGUUUUUAUGAAUAGUAACAGCUUCCUAAUACCAGCAGGCCAAAGAGUGUCAUAAGGUAUUGAGUUUCUGGAGACCUAGAUUUCUCAGCAAGGUAAGGUGCAUUUCUGAAUACAUUUUCAAUUAAGGCACCUAGGAUUCUAAAUUAACUUUAAGACUCAUUCCUUUUUCAUGUUAUGCUUAGAAUUCUGCAUUAAUUUUCAUUUUUCACUGGUUUUCUUUUUUAAUUACCUUUCUUCCAGCCUUUAGAAGACUAUUUAGCAAUUUGCUGUCCAACCUUUUUGUUGGUCUUAAACUGCAAUGCUAGUUUACCUUGUAAUGAAGAAAUAAAAUUCAAUUUUUAUUUAAAAAAAAAAAA